UCCCGGGGUCUGAUCAGCUUACUAGCGCGUGUGUGUGAGGUUGAGGUAGAGAGCGAGAGAGAGGGAGACUGACUAACUGCAGUGUAAAGGCGACUUCGUGACUAGGACGGCCGCCGGUCACUCGGGACGCAACUUAACCUUAAGGUAGCAGUGGUGUGUGUGCGUGCGUGUGUGUUCCUGCAGCUUUCGCGAGAACCUGUCCCGCCACCACCUCGGCUCGCUUGAGUUCGCCAGCACCACCACACCACCACCUCUGAGCCCGCCAUUCGCCCCACCCUCGCCCCCAACCACCUCGCACACGAACUCAAAAUGGCUGGCUGUGGUUCCUUAACGAUGCGGAAGGACUACCACAGCUGCUUGAUAUAGCGCUUGUUGAAAGGCUAGCGCUCCCAACAGCACUAGUCACCGACCUCCCCAUCACACAUACACACCCCUUGUGUCAAAUCACCUCACCAGCUCAGUUCACCGCACUCAACGUAGUCACCCGCCACACAUACACACAUAAACGCCUCUCACAUCUCACACACCACCUGCUCUGCCGCCGCCCCCUUCCUCACAUCCCCCUAAACGCCCACCUCUCUCGAUCCAUCCCUCUAUGCGCCCCUUGCUAAGUUACAGAUACUCUUGAGUUUGGAGACUUUGUUCUUAACUCUACGUUCUUAACUCUGACUUGCGACCGGUUCUUAAAUUCAUCUCUUUCGUCUACGAGUGUGAGUUGUUGAAGAACUGACUACCAAAACUUACUUACCGUCUCUACUUCUACUACUACUGCUGUGGAAGAAGACUGAUCAAUACUACUACUACUCCUACUACUACAAUUACAUCUACUGUGGAAGAGGAUUCGUGCAGCCGACACCAGCGCCCGGUCCAGCUUUCCUCCUCCUUCUCGCCCCAUCCCCGCCCCGCCGAGCCCGCCACCCCCAGAUACUCACUCUUCUUCGACGUCUGGUCCCCGCCAGGAGCUGCUGCUGUUCCUGCUGCCCUCGCCACCCCUGCCCCGCCCACACCUUCCUGUGACACUCACUCAACCUUAACCUUUCAUUCCACUCCAAAAGCUUCAUUCCACAUUAUCCUUCAGCCUAACUCGCUCCACCUCACCUUCGCUUCACUCUAGCAGACAGCCAAACACACUCUCCUGUCCCCAACGCCAAAUUGCCCAAACUUCCUCCGCAACAAGUCUUGCUGAUUCACAUCUUCUCUAAAUCCACUUACCCCGCGUGACACGUCCUCCUCCUCCCUCCCUCUCACAAGACCCUCGAGUCCCUCACUCUUCUCCUCGCUCCUUCCCCUGUUUCCCCUCUCACCAUGGAGCCGUGGUCUAACGAACUCCUUCCUUUUGUCAUCGCUGGUUUCAUUGUGUCCUUCAUCCUUGCCUUCGGGGUGGGGGCCAAUGAUGUGGCUAACUCCUUCGGCACCUCCGUCGGCUCUGGAGUCCUCAACCUCCGCCAAGCUUGCAUCUUGGCCACGAUUUUCGAGGUCUUGGGUGCAAUCCUGAUAGGUUACAAGGUUUCGGACACGGUACGGAAAGGAAUCUUGGAUGUGUCUCUCUACAACAACACGGAGAAGGAGCUCAUGCUGGGCUCCCUGGCCGCCCUUGGUGGCAGCUCCAUCUGGAACUUGGUGGCGACCUUCUUCAAGCUGCCCAUCUCCGGCACCCACACCAUCGUCGGCGCCACCGUCGGCUUCUCCCUGUGCGCCCGUGGCUUCAAUGGCGUCAACUGGAUCACCUUUGGCAAGAUCGUGGCCUCCUGGUUCGUGUCCCCCGUUCUGUCUGGCAUCAUGUCCGGCGCUCUCUACAUGCUCCUCAACACCCUCAUCUUCAAGAAGGAGAAGCCCCUCGAGCCCGGCCUCCGUGCCCUCCCCUUCAUCUACGGCAUCACCCUCCUCGUCAACGUCUUCUCCAUUGUGCACGACGGCCCCGCUAUGCUGAAGUUCGACCUGAUCCCGUGGUGGGGUGCUAUCGUGACCUCCAUGGCUGUUGGGUUCAUCACGGCCAUCAUCAUCCAGGUCCUCGUGGUUCCCCGCAUGCGCCGGACGAUCAGAGCUGAUCUCGCCAAGGAGGCCACCAAGCAGGAAAGCGAGGUCAAGUUCACCUUUGACUCUGCCGAUAACUUUGAAAUGGUUGAACUGUUGUACAAUGAAGAUAACUCCCGCUCACCAACCCCACCAAGCCGGGAGCUGUCCGUCAUUGAGAAGGGCAUCACCCCCACCACCUACACCUUCAACAGCUCCUCCGAGACCAACGGCUACAUUCCUGCGGAGUCAAAAUCCAACUUCCUCACUGCCAACCUGGACAAUGGUGUGACCAACAACAGCAGCCAGGUGCCCCUCGUCAGCAACAACCAGGUGAAGGUCAUCUCCAUGGAGAAGCUCACCGACAAGAAGGAUGACGACGACGAAGGCAUUGAGGUCAAGAAGCUCUUCUCCUUCCUUCAGAUUCUUACAGCUACCUUUGGAUCCUUCGCUCACGGCGGCAAUGACGUCAGCAAUGCCAUCGGACCUCUCAUCGCCCUGUGGGCCAUCUACACUGAGGGCUCAGUGGCCCAGAGCACACCCUCCCCGAUCUACCUCCUCCUCUAUGGCGGGCUGGGUAUCUCCGUCGGCCUGUGGGUGUGGGGUCGCCGCGUCAUCCAGACCAUUGGAGAGGACCUCACCAAGGUCACCGCCUCCUCAGGCUUCACCAUUGAGAUUGGGUCUGCCUGCACCGUGCUGCUGGCCUCCAAGGUUGGUCUUCCCAUCUCCACCACGCACUGCAAGGUGGGCUCAGUGGUCUUCGUGGGCUGGGCCAAGUCUUCCCGCCAAGGUGUUGACUGGAAGCUCUUCAGGAACAUUGUCAUCGCCUGGGUCGUCACGGUACCACUGACUGCUGGCAUCUCCGCCCUCCUCAUGCUCAUCUUCAGGAUCGCCUUCCUUUAAGCGACCAUCUCCUCCACCAACGCCACCUGUUGCUGUGAUAGUUACUCUACCAGGGACCUACUCUCCCCCAGGGGCUCCAUCCUCCCCUCCCCCACUGGCAUCCCAGAGGCAAUAGUUAAGCAUUGCAGACAAAUGGUUGGUGAACAUCAUUUACAUUAUCCAAGUGUUGGCAAAAGCCAGGGCAGGAGGGUGCAGGGUGUGGCAAGGGUGAGAGGCGGCCCUAGUGCUACAAUCAUGACCAAUCUUGGCCACCGGUUGCUGCCUCAGCUUUCUCCCGUCACUGUCGCAUUCUAGCACACAUUAGAUCCAAAAGUUUCAGACUCUAAUAAGUCUAGAAGCAGUAUUGUGACAUUAUGCUGGCAUAAGUAUAAAGGUGCUUCAUGUAGGCUUCAACUGUUGUCUUGUGCAGUUGCAUGAUAGUCUUUGUUCACACAUUCUCUGAUGCCAAAUCACACAGAAUGUAGGAGUCUAGGAGGCUAUUUGGUGUUCUUCACAUUACUAAGAGUAGCUGUUGGUCCUCAGUUUAGUUCCUAGAGUAUAGUACACAGGACAUGGCCAGUCCUUGUAUCUGGCUCUCUUCCCCCUCAACCAACAGUAUUAUCACAUACCUAUUAACAAAAUGCCAGUUGUCACCAUCCAAAAUCAGACCUUUGACAUGUUAAAAGUGAUCCUGAGUAGCUGAGGUGGCCAUUAAUUGCUGAUGGUGGAAGGAAGAACGUCUCUCAGAGUCCAAACAGUCGCCAUUAAGAAACCCCAACAAACUCAAGUAUUAAGCAAUCCCUGAUCAGUUUUUUUCUGUCUGUCAUCAAAGCAUUAUCCAUUGCUUUCUUCAGAUUAUAGAACUAGAUAUUGAAGACACUCUUCUUGGACUCUGAGAGACAGAAGGUUCUUCCCUUCAUCUAGGCCCAACAUUCACAUGUAUUCAUCUUCAUCCCAUAAAGGGCAAAGAAGUCCUGUCAUUCACAUAGUCAUAUCAUCUUCAUUAUUCAUUGUGGCUUCAUAUCUGAAUGAGAUACUUUUGUGACGAUGACGAGAACACGGAAGCCAUUGUAGGGCAACAGAUAUUGUUGAAGUGCUUGCAUGGGAAUGGAGAAGAAUCAUUCUCACAUUCAUUUUAAACUUUAUCAUUAUAUAAUGAUCAUUCUUUAUUUUGGAACUUUAAAAGUUGUCAAAACUAACUGUGUUUUACUUGAGAAAGCAAACAUUCUGCACUGCCAAGGUUAAAUAGCUAACUUAUUUCAUAAAACACUAUCAAAAUUUUUCCUUUCUAAAAUAUUUUGACCAGUUCCUUACUUUGUGAUUUAGUGAAUUGAGUGAAAAGGUCUUAUUGGAUAUUAAUGAGCUGGCGUUUAAAUGACUGAUGAUUUAGGAGGGCGUGCAGAUGACAAAAAAAUAGCAUGGUAAAAAGGAGAACAGACGGGGACUUUGUUAGGUUGGCAUUGAAAAGAAGUCUUGUAAGAGAAGCAGGAAUUGUAGGGUUAGCUGUGGGUGAUUGGGUGGGAACAGUUUCAAGGGAGGGAAGGGAAAUUCUGGGGAACUCUUCAAAUACUAGUCGCAUUCUGAAAAAAGUGAUAGGUGUCAUUUAAUUUUUAAUAUAUUUGUAUAUUUUCAUGUUGAAAAGUAUAGGUCCUAAUUUUUAUACAAUGAUGGAGGAAUAUAUAGAGGGAUGACUGGUGUGUGCUCAGGCUAGCGGGAUGCAUGGCAGGGUGUGCAUGAGAGACGCGCUCUGAGGUUGAUUUUAGUGGUUACGAAGUGAUGAUGUUUUACGGCACGGUAACUCUGCUGGCCAGUGAUUCUAGACAACAGGCAUUGCUGCGCUUCCUUGCUCACCAACACCUUGGAGCGGAAGCGAUGAUUCAUUCAUGUAAGAUUAUGGCAUUGUUAACCACGGAUCUCCCGACAGUAUCCAGCCAGUCAUUCAGGUCUCGAGCAGAGGUGUUAAUGAUUCUAGGUCACUGAUGUUUAAUGUAUCUACUAUUUAUUUUACAUAUUGCAUCCUUUUUUAUAGAAUGGAAUAAUAUUGGUGUAUUACUCUUGUAUAAGUUUGUGUCGUUCAAUUUUGUUAUUUUAUAGCAGCCGAGAGCCGCCUAAGCUUGGUGAGAGCCUCAGCUUGCACCAGGCUGGGCUCAGUAAAGUGUCACAGCCCUGAGGCUUUAAACAUGACAGUUCCAUUCUUAAGUCUUAAAAGUUAUUUAAAAAAAGAGCUUCUAAAGCUCAUGUUCAACUUUUGGGUGGCUCUCUACAAUGUAUUUGUGGAGCUGGCAUUCAUGCUGCUCCUUUUCAUCCUCACAGUAUUGUUUAGGUUAUUUGUCUUGUCCUUAAAUUAUUUGACUGACUCUGCUUUCAUUAAAUACUGGUGUUGUUGAGUCAUGGUAGAACAUCUUUGUGGUGAUGCACACCACCGUUACCUUGGGGGCAACAGAAGCUGCAACGGUCCCAGGGAUCAAUGAAUGUGGGUCCACGACUCUGAGGUUAAUGUGAGUGGGCACUGCGGCUUCUGUCCCCAAGGAGGAUCAACGCAGCCUUCCAUCACAGGCUGUGCAAUACUCAUAAUAAUGAUUUUAGGACCAACAACCUCUACAGAGAAUGUCAUAUUUUUCCUCUAAUGUUAAUUAAAAUACUCUCAAGACCACCCUGCAAUCAAGGCCAUCUUUUAAGAGGUAAAAAUAUGUUGGUCCAUUAGAGUUGACAUAAUAAUGUAUCUUUUAUCACAGUGGUACGAUAUAUAUAGAUUUCAAAUCCUUUACACCACCACUCAAUGCAAUCUGAGUUUGCACAAAUGAAGAGUCAAUCUAUAAAGCCAGACAAAACCCUUGCACUUCACUUGUCAGCUGUAAACCAAAUUGUAUCAUACUGAUACUUUUUUUCUUAAGAGGAUAAUCACUGCUAACAAUCCACAGCAUUUGUACAGAAUUGAAUUAAAUAUUUUGUUUGUA